AUGCCUUUGGGGAAAAAGGUUCGCUCUUCUUCAGCUUCAGGAAGAUUAGAGACUCAACAUGUACACAGGCCAAACGUUACUUACUCAUAUAUCAAAUCCUCCAGCAUCCUCUCAGAACUGAGUGGUUUAAGGGAGAGGACAAGAAACACAUCUGGGCUGGGAUAUCGAGAUGAGAAAGCAGAUGAUUCUUCAGUACCAAGACAACUGACUGACAGCGAGGAUGGAAAAGAACAGCCUGACUGGUUGGUGAAAGAGCUGCUCAAACAGAGCAGACGAAGACACUCUGUCACACUCGGAGAUAAUGAGAAAAUCACGAGACAGCAAUAUCACCUUAUCAAUUCAACUUACAACCUCAAGAUUGAUGAGAAAAUAUCACUUGAGACCCUCGAGAAACUGAAACUAGCAUUUGAGGAAUUUGAAUCAGGUGGAUUGAGAUACAUUGAUGUGGCCAAAUUUGGACAUAUGAUGAAGAAGUGUUUGGAUUUACCUAAUGCAACCUACAUGGAGAUUCAAGGGUUAUUUAAGAAGAUUGAUUAUUUAGGCAAAGGGACGAUUUCAUGGGGUGAGUUCUGCACAUACAUGCUGCAGCAGUAUAAAGGGCAGGAGGAAACUGCAAGACGCAACAACCAGGUGGCCUUCAUUCUGCCAGCCACCAUGAAUUCCUUUAAUCAUGGGAUUCCUAUUAUCAACAUCCAGUCUACUCAUGAUGGCACCAUCGUAACAGUGCGAGAAGACGGGUGUGCUUGCCACUGGAGUCCUGAACUUAAACCCCAGAAGACAAAACACCUGUUUAAUGAAGAUCCAACAAAUACAAAGUCAAAAUGGGCAAGUGACUUUGCUCUGAUGAGCGAGUACAACAAGCUGAUGAUCGGGACAGGGGACAGAGAGCUCCAGCUUUAUAACCUUUCCUCUCUGGAGCCUUAUUGUCAGAUCAGUGAACUAGAAACAAUACCCCUGACAGUGGACUACAGCUACAAUGGCCAGGAUAAAUGCUGUGUUCUGUAUGGAGACUCUGAAGGAUGUGUGACUAUUAUUUUAAUAUCCUCUGCUGGAGAUACCUUCAGGUUAUGGAAUAAACUGCCAAAGACUGAAACUAUACCUAACAUAUCAAUUAACCAUGCAGUUCUUUCUCCAAACGUGGCUUUUAUUAGAUGGAAGGUUCAUCAUGACUGGGUGACACAGAUUAAAUAUUUUCAUAGUCUUCAGGUUGUUGUCUCCUCAUCAAAUGAAGAAUCUUCUUCUCUUGUUAUAGGCUGCCUGCUGCCUUUAACAGAUGCUGAGCAACAGUUGAGUGAAAUUAAAGAGACCUGUUAUGAAGGUAAAUCCAAGAAGAUCCAGCUGAGUUGGACACCACAGGUCCGGGCAUCAUGUGAUCAGACUGUCUUUAGCAUCUACAAAGGUGUCAGGACCUUUGACCUCUGUCAGAAGCACAGAUUGCUGAUUACUGGAGGCAUGGAUAAACUUAUACGCCUGUGGAAUCCACAUUAUUCUGGAAAACCAACUGGUAUUUUGAAAGGCCACUCUGCUCCUAUCAUCUCCAUCCGCAUCUCCUCAGAAGACAAUCAAAUCUUCUCUGUCUCAACAGACUGCACUGUGAAAAUUUGGCAUCUUCAGGAUCAGUGUUGCCUGUUUACAGCAGACCCCAAAGCAAGCCGGAUUCAUGGUGAUAUAUCUGCAUGCGCAUAUUCCCCUGCAAUGAAGUCUCUGUAUAUUGCAGCGGACUGUAUGACUAUGCUCCCUCUGAAGUUAAGGCAGCGGCUUCACCGUCACUUCACUGUUUCUCAUAAUGAGCCUGUUUUGUGCUGCGGUUACAGUAAGGAGUUUCGUCAGGUAGUCAGCUGCACUGAAGGAUCUGUUGUGAGAGUCUGGGAUUUUGACACUGGGUGUCAACUUUUUGAGUUUGGUGGCACUCGCGAACUGUCUUCUAUCACUUGUUUGACAUUUGAUCCCAAAGGGAGAAGACUCGUCACUGGUGGAAAAGAUGGAUCUUUAAAGAUCUGGAACUUCAACAAUGGUCUAUGCCUGAAGACAUUAAAGAAAGAUGGUGAAUGUCGUGAGAUGUGUGACUGCAUCUUUCUCCAAGUCCACAGGAAUUUCUAUGUGAUGUCAGUGGGAAGGGACCGGAAGAUUGACAUUUACCCAGACAUACCUGAGGAUCUUCAUCAUGUCCAGAGGCCACAGGCUUCAUGGCAAGAUGAUCUGAAAAAUGGCCAUAAGGAUGACAUCCUUUGUAUGGCACAGUGUCCCCCAUCUUUUGUGGCCACUGGCAGCUCUGAUGGCGAGAUUAUAGUGUGGAACGUGGAUUCUGGACGUAUACAGUGUCGGUUUGUUAGUCCCAUUGUAGCUGAACAGCAAGAUGUUAAAGGUCUGGAUACGAGUGUUCCAAGCAUAGUUUUCCUGAAGGAUUCCUAUUUAAAAGAGCUUUCCUCAACUACAGCUCUCCUGUCAUCUGGGGCCGAAGGCUGUGUAAAUCUCUGGAAUGUGCUCGGCAGAGGAAAGUUUGUUAGCAGCUUCAAAGCUUCCAAAUUUCAACAAAAAAUAACAAAACUGGCCAAAGCAGAGAAGGAUGUUCUGCUGUACAUGGCUGACAGAAUUGGUUACAUCUAUGUCUACAGCAUGGAAAAGCUAGACCCUGAGAAGAAAUCACUAAGAGCUGAAACCUUUUGGCGCGCCCACACCAACACAGUUACUGGCCUGCACGUUGUUGACAAUGAUCAAGUGGUGCUUACCUCAUCCACUGACUACACGGUGCGUCUUUGGAGUGCACAAGGAGAAUUCAUAGGCACCUUUGGGCAGGCUGAGAGCUGGAGCAUUCACAUUUCUUCGUCUUGGAUUCAUCCUGGUGUCCCCUUUGAGGUUCUGACUGAUCCACUGAGUAUGCCAGAUCAUGAAAUUUUGAAUGUAAAAACAGGUCUAUCUCAUGCAAUCAAUCCUGACAUGACUGAGGAGGAUUGAGGGGAACUAAAGGUGAAGUGCAUUAUUUCACAAAAACUUACCUGA